UGUUCAAGUCGCGUCGAGGAAAGGCUAACAUGAAGGCGUUCAUUGUGUUAUCUAUGGCCGUGGCCAUCGCUAGCUGUGCGGCAGUCGACAAUUCUCAAAAGGACAAGCGCGAAAUCUGGGAAGAAGGACACCAGAACAGUUACGAUUUCUCCGAGCACCACAACGGGUACGAUCAUCAUCAGCAGUAUCAGAACCAGCAUGAUCUGUACGACCACCAGGACGAGCAUCACGGACACCACGAGCAUAACGACCAGCAUCACUACCAGAACACUCACGACUGGGAACCGAAGAAGGAGGUCAAGCACAUCAUCACCAAGAAGAUCCCCGUCCCGUACCCAGUUGAGGUCGAGAAGCACGUGCCUGUCCACGUGAACGUCCCGUACCCGGUGCACACCGAAACCAAGGUCCCGGUGGUCGUCGAGAAGAAGUAUCCCGUGUAUGUCGAGAAGAAGUACCCCGUCCAGGUUGACCGUCCCGUCCCGUACCCAGUGGAGGUCAAGGUCCCCGUUUACAAGAAGGAAUACGUCGAGGUCCCAAAACCGUACGCAGUUCAUGUUGAGAAGCCUUAUCCGGUGUACGUGAAAGAACCGGUCUACAUCGAAAAGCCAGUGCCGUUCACCGUGUACAUCAAGAAGACCCACAAGAAGCCGUUCUGGGGUUAAGCUUAGUGUAUAUUAGUAAUCGAAACAAGACUGGUCAUAAGCUAUAGUUAUACAU